AUGGUCCUCCACAACCCUAACAACUGGCAUUGGGUCAACAAGGAUGCCUCGGCCUGGGCGAGACAGUACCUUGAGGAGAGCUUGGCGAAAGUCGAGACUGCCGAUAGCGGUGUCACGGCAAAGAUUAGCAAGGUUGUGAGCAUGGAUGGCGACGUCGACGUUAGCCAGAGGAAGGGCAAGGUCAUCACCAUUUACGAUGUUAAGCUCGUUCUAGAAUACACCGGCACCACUGCCGACGAGGCUGAAGUCUCCGGCACCAUCACCGUUCCUGAGGUUGCCCACGACACUGAGGAGGAUGAGUUUGUGUUUGACAUCGACAUCUACUCCGACUCCAAGGAGAAGCAGCCUGUCAAGGACCUCGUUCGCUCCAAGCUCGUGCCGGAGCUCCGCAAGGAAUUCCUCAAGCUCCCCGGAGCCUUGAUCGCCGAGCACGGCAAGGACAUCCAGCAUGCCCCCGGAUCCAACCCGUCCAGCGGCUUCUCGACCCCCAAGUACCAGGCCCAGAACACGCCGGCCAAGUCCACCACCGCCUCGACCAGCGUCAAGGGUAGCUCCGGCAAGGUCGUCAACACCAUGACCCUGACCGACACCGCCGAGUUCCGCACCACGGCCGAGGAGGCCUACCAGACCUUUGUCGACCCCGCCCGCAUCGCCGCCUUCACCCGCGCGCCGCCCAAGGUUUUCCAGGGUGCUAUCAAGGGCGCAAAGUUUGAGCUGUUUGACGGAAACGUCACGGGCGAGUACCUCGAGCUCAGCGCCCCCAAGAAGAUUGUCCAGAGCUGGCGCCUGAAGCAGUGGCCCGAGGGUCACUUCUCUAAGCUCAGCAUCGAGUUUGACCAGAACGACGUCGACCACGUCACGCUGAUGCGUGUCAACUGGGACGGCGUCCCUGUCGGCGAGGAGGAGGCCACGAAGCGUAACUGGCAAGAGUACUACGUCAACAGCAUCAAGCGCACAUUUGGAUUCGGCACCAUUCUGUAA